AAUAUCAAUACUAUGACCCGCAAUAUUCAAGAACAAGUGAACGACUUAACUCGAAAUUUGCAUUCGCAAAUAGAGAAUUCAUUGCGACCGGCGCUCGCGCAAGUCCAAGAAACAAUUGAGAAUCUACCAAGAGAUGCACAAGGACGUAUAAUAACAACUAACGGCAACAUCAUAAGUAUCAACACUAUAAAUAGUCUGUCAAGAACGGCCACGUCCGGUCAUACACCAAACGGAGAAUCGUACGUGCGCGUUAUCGAUGAGCAAAACGAUGGGAAAUAUCUUUAUCACAACGAGAUCACUUACAAUUUAAAAACUAACGCUGCCGAGAACUUUUGUUGGAAACUGGACCUCACAACUCCAGGCGCCAAGCCAGAAAUUAUUCUCACGGACGAAAAGUGAAACGAUACGUUCUUAUUUCUCACGUCACGGUAUAUAAUUGGUAUAAAUUGAUCUAAAUUCAUAAAUUCACUGAUUAAACAGAAAAAUGAGAAAAUAAAGUUACUGCAACACCGUGAGGUCUUCGUAAAUAAUAAAAUAAAUAAUAAGAGAAAUUGUGAAUCACGAUUUGUAAAAGCAGAAUGUUGCUGAAAUUUUAUCCAUUCACAAUGUCGGAAAAAAAUAUGUUUUCUUCGCUCUCUUGGUGUUAAGAAGAUAUAAUUACGUCGAAAUAUAUUUGAUAAGCGAUGUUGCAACAGGCACCUAUUGAUAUAUAUCUAGAUACAGGUUUUGUGUGGAAAAAGUAUUUAAUUACAGGUAUACAUAUAUUUUUAAAAAAUUAUCUAGGAAUAGAUACAGAUACAGUAAAGAAGUACACGAAAAAUUUAGUUACUUUUUAGGUACUUCUUAAAAAAAAAA